AAGGUAGGUUGCCUAGUGAUCCUGUGGAAGCUGAUGUGUUAUUCCCUCUCUGCAUCGAAGGAUCAGGAAGUUUGUGCUCUCUGCGUAGCUGAGAAGUUUUUCACCUACUAGUACCGGGCUGGGGUAAGGGAAACAGGUGCCCUUCAAAAAUAGAGUGCGAACUGCAGCCUGCGUCCUACUGCAGCCCCGGAACAACGUCAGGUGAGAAUGACCACAUUAACUCACCGUACCCGUCGAACUGAAGUCAGUAAGAGCUCUGAAAAGAAAGUAGAAAGUGAGGAAGACACUAAUCAAGAAAGGAGUCCAGAUAAUGAAGACCCUGGAGACUCUAAGGAUAUCCGACUCACUCUUAUGGAAGAAGUAUUGCUCCUGGGACUAAAAGAUAAAGAGGGCUACACAUCUUUCUGGAAUGAUUGUAUAUCCUCUGGGCUUCGAGGAGGCAUCCUGAUAGAGCUGGCCAUGCGGGGUCGAAUCUAUCUGGAACCUCCCACCAUGCGUAAGAAGCGACUCCUAGACAGAAAGGUCCUGCUAAAGUCAGACAGCCCAACAGGUGAUGUUUUGCUGGAUGAAACUCUCAAACACAUCAAAGCAACUGAGCCAACAGAAACUGUCCAGACAUGGAUAGAGCUACUCACUGGUGAGACAUGGAACCCCUUCAAAUUACAAUACCAGCUGAGAAAUGUGCGAGAGCGAAUUGCCAAGAAUCUAGUAGAGAAGGGUAUUCUAACCACAGAAAAGCAGAAUUUCCUGCUAUUCGAUAUGACCACUCAUCCAGUGACCAAUACAACAGAGAAACAGCGACUAGUGAAAAAGCUUCAAGACAGUGUGCUAGAACGGUGGGUAAAUGACCCUCAGCGCAUGGACAGGCGAACACUGGCACUCCUGGUGCUGGCCCACUCCUCCGAUGUGCUAGAGAAUGUCUUCUCCUGUCUGACAGAUGACAAGUAUGAUGUGGCAAUGAAUCGAACCAAGGACCUAGUAGAACUGGACCCUGAAGUAGAAGGGACAAAGCACAAUGCCACAGAGAUGAUCUGGGCUGUGCUGGCAGCCUUCAACAAAUCCUAAAGCUAGCAGGCGGGUUCCUCCUUUCCCCUGCAGGCUGGUGACUGUCAGAGACCCCAUCACUGAGUUUUGUCUAAUGAGAUAUUGUCAUCAUUUUUUCCUCUUUUUUGAAUCAGACUCAUAACUUGGGAAGGACAACCUCAGGGCCUCUUCAUGGGCCAUGACCAUUCUAAGCAGACUAUUUCUCCUCAUACUUCCAUUCCAUACCCGAAUGAAAAGGGGUUAGCCCAUGCACAUUCAAUAAGCAUCUCCUGUUUCUGGGUUUAGUUUCAGUGUGCUCUUGGAUCAAUAGGAGUAUCUAUGAGGAGGUUAGAGUUUUAUAGCAACAAAAUGUGAAGAUGAAGAGCAAACAGUAUAUUCAUUUAUUUUUCUCCCUGAUUCUCUCUGACUCUGCUAAACAAUGUUGCUUAACGACACAUCACUGUCUCUUUGAAUGAAGGGCAGUAGAAAAAGGCUAAUCUUUGGAGUAAAUGGUCCCUGAGAUUGUAUGUCCUGCCUGUGAUUUUUUUUUUAUCCUUAUCUAAUGAAAACACUCCAAGUUUGAUGACCUGAAUCCCAUAGUUGUAGAAGCAGAAAUAUAUUCCACACUCCAUUUUAGCACUAUCCUGCUUUCACAAUCAUUAAGACAAAGUUUGAAUUUAAAGAGCAAUGUGCCUCAAUCACCUCCUUUAUACAGCAGCAUUAGAACUUGUAAAGGGAAGCAACAAAAUUCACAUCUUUGAAGCCAGAUGUUGGGGGACAUACCUGUCAUCCUAGCACUUGGGAGAUCGUGGCAGAAGGAUCUGGAGCUGAAGGUCAAUCCAGCUAGAUUAGUAAGUUCAAGGCUAGCCAGGGCUGUAUGAGACUAUCUCUCACUCAAAAAUUAAAGAAUUUUCAGCCUUUAUCAUGUGACUGUCUUGUUUGCUCCAGACUACUUCAAACGUCUCUACUCUGAUUAAAUUAAGGGAAUUGUAGCCAAACUCCCUAUCUUCAUAAUCUCCAUUUUUAUUUCAUAUAUAAAUUGAUAAAUUCUCACUAUUUAAGGGCUUUGACAAUAAUUCUGUUUAUAUUUAGUCUACAGAUACCCUCCAAAUUGUGUCUUCUUUCAACACAACCAUCAUUCUGGCCAAAUCUCUUUAAAUGUUUUUGCUUUAGUAGUGAGGGUGAAGAGAGACUUUGAUAGAAGAGAUCCUAUUUAGAUGGGUUUUAGAGUGUCAAUGGCAGCUGAUACAAGCCUAUGUUUAGGGGCUCUGAAGAGGCCAGCACUGCUUGUGCUGAUUCUAAGUACCUUGUUGACUACUGGGGAGAAACAAGCUGCCAGACAGCCAAUAGAGAUGACUUGAACUCAUACCAAAUCCUGCUCAUCAAAAGUAAAUUGCUCUAACUUUAUCCACUCCCCUGAACCUACCUAGAUCCAUGGACACUCUCCAAUUCAUCAUUAUUGUUUUCAUUUCAUAUGUCUCUUAGAUAAGUUGUAAUUUGAGAAGCAAGUAGAGCCUUAGCCUGGCUCUCUAGAAGUACAAAAGCCAGCCCAUGUGCUAUCUAGCGGCUUAGCUUGUCUUCCCAUUGGAAAAAUUCGGCAUGAAUUGAAACCAGGUUUUCCUGUGGAAAGCUUCGCUCGAUUAGGGGAAUAGAAGUUGAGUUCUUUCUUGCAACUCUCAGUGUUUAUUUUUAUAUGUCCAUAAAAUGAGGAUGUCUUCACUUCAAAUCUGUGUAAUGUUCACUGCCAAACACUCAUUUAGUGUAUAAUUGCUGUCACAUUUCUGUACAAUAAAGAUCAGUAGUUGUGCCUCUGG